AUGUCUGAUAUACUCAAUGGCCAGCGGCAUGAUAGGAGCGCACUCAUCCUUUAUGGAACGGAAACUGGAAACUCUCAAGAUGUGGCCGAAGAAUUGGGACGCAUUACAGAAAGACUUCAUUUCAUGACAAGGGUGUGUGAGAUGGAUGAUGUUGAUAUUGGCAAGGGGAAUUUCCAAAAAUGCAAGGAAAAUUUUGGAAUAGGUCUGUUGAGAAAGCGUUUGCCUCCCAAUUGUAUGAGUCACGUGAACUUCACCACUUUUGGUCUUGGUGAUAGUUCUUAUGCAAAGUUUAAUUUUGCAUCUCGUAAAUUACAUAAAAGAUUGGAACAGCUGGGUGGGAAUGAAAUAUAUCCUAGAGGUGAAGCAGACGACAACACGAUGAAGGGUAAUGUUGAUGGAACUUUCCUCUCUUGGUAUAUUGAUCUUAGGAAGAAACUCCUAGAAUCAUAUCCAUUGCCAGAUGGCUUGGAUCCAAUUCCUGAUGAUGUCCUUCUACCCCCAAAAUACUGGCUAGAAUUGGCAACCGAAUCUUCUACAGAUAAUGGGAAAUCAAGUUCAUCGCUUGAAAACACAGAUGACAAUGGUCAAACAAAAUUUGAUUUAUUAAAUAGCAAGCUUGCUCCUCCCAAAGACUUGGAAGCUUCCAACUUACCCAAAAACUCUACUGAUCCGGAUACACUUGGAGGAGCCGAUAUUCAAGCUCACCAAUCUUCCGUCCCAAACACAGCGACAAUGGCAGAUAAAUUUGGCCUGGAAUCUGGGAUAAGAUUUGAUAAUGGUUUCGAUGCACCAGGACCAUCAUCGAAUCGGUUGACCGAUUUCCACAAAGAGCAACCAGAAGAUGACAAUGUAUUACCCCCGCCCGCACUUCUAAAUGGAUUUAAAAGGCAUCGUUCACCACUUAUUGUCACUCUGGAAGCCAACAAGCGCGUCACUCCUCCAGACCACUGGCAGGAUGUUCGCGAGAUGACCUUUAAGCUUAGGGGCAGAGAUUUCAUGUUGUAUCCUGGGGAUACUAUAUCAAUCUAUCCCAAAAACUUUCCUGAAGAUGUUCAGACCCUCAUUGAUUUGAUGGGAUGGAACGAUGUUGCGGAUCUGAAGUUACACUUUAAACCAAAAUCACCAGAUUGGUUCGGCGCGAAAAACUUGAUAAUGGCCCCAGAUGGUCUCAAUAAGAUUGGUGACGAACAAACACUCAGAGAGUUACUGAUUCAUAGUCUUGAUUUUCAGGCCAUUCCCAAACGUCGUUUCUUCGAGCUUAUGGCCGGUUAUACAAAUGAUCCGACACACAAAGAACGCCUCCUUGAGUUUCGAGAUCCUCUCUAUACCGAUGAACUUUAUGAUUACACCACUCGUCCUCGUCGCAGCAUUCUCGAAUGUCUUCAGGAUUUCCCAAGCGUCAAGCUUCCUUGGAAACAUGCCAUUACCAUUUUCCCUGUGAUCCGAGGUCGCGAAUUCAGUAUCUGCUCCGGUGGCGACUUUCACAAACCCAGCGUAGUCCUAGAUAAACAUUCCCGAAAUUCUAAAGAAUUGAACAAUUACGGAAAUUUCGAUGAUCCUAGACCCUUCAAAGAUUAUCAAUUCCAAAUUCUCGUCGCCAUUGUCAAAUACCGCACCGUUCUUCAAAAGGUUCGCAAUGGUCUCUGUUCCCGUUAUCUAGCCACUCUUCCCAAGGGAACAAAUCUCACGAUCCAUUACAAUGCGAACCCUUCUUUCUAUAAAGUACCCCCGCUUGUGCCAAACCUUUCCCUCAUCUUAGUCGGUGCAGGUACGGGAAUCGCACCUCUACGCUCAUUGAUCUUACAACGCUUGAAACAAAUUAAAGACACACCGGAGGGCAGAGUCCAGUUUGGAAAAGUCCACCUUAUAUAUGGUGGACGCAAUCGCAACGCGGAUUACUUCUUUGCUAAUGAAUUGGAAUCGGCCCAAGUAAAAGAUCAUGUACAUACAAGUCCGGUUUUCUCACGAGAUCAAAAACAGAAAGUUUACGUACAAGAUGAGAUUAGAGCACAAGGAAAGGAAAUUGCAGAUUUGCUCACGAGGCAAAAGGCAAUGAUUUAUGUUUGUGGUAGCUCGGGUGGUAUGCCCAAGGGUGUGAGAUGUGCGUUCUUGAGCGUCUUGCAAAUUCAUGCGGGAAUGAGUAUGGAGGAAGCGGAGGCUUUUAUCGCGAAUCUGGAGAGGUUGAAGAGAUAUAUACAAGAGACGUGGUAG